CAGAUCGGCGCUGAUGGUGGCGGCCACUGCAUGGGUGUUGAUGAACGGCGUGGAAGGGCUGGGCGUGAACUGGGGCGACAUCUCGUCUCAUCCGCUCCCGCCCAAAUCGGUGGUGAAGAUGCUGAAGGCCAACGGGAUUAAGAAGGUGAAGCUUUUCAACUCCCCGGAGCCUAUCCUCAAUGCCUUGGCCGGUUCCGGCAUUGAGGUCAUGAUCGGCACCCCCAAUGCCCUCCUCAAAGACUUGGUUAAUUAUAAUGUAGCAAAGGCUUUUGUCAAAGAAAAUGUCACUCGCUACAACCCCACUUCUCCCGAUGGCGUCAAAAUCACGCUUGUGGGGGUGGGGAACGAACCAUUUCUCAAGUUCUACCAGAAACUGGGAUUAUUCAAUGUCACAUAUCCAGCGCUUGCGAACAUGCAGAAGGCACUGAAUGAAGCCGGGAUCGGUAAAACCGUCAAGGCGACCGUACCGUUGAACGCCGACGUGUACAUGUCUCCGAAGGAAAAACCGGUGCCGUCCGCCGGGAUGUUCCGCCCGGACAUCCUGGAUCAAGUGAAUCAAAUCAUCGAAGUACUGGACAAGAACGACGCGCCCUUCAUGAUCAACGUCUACCCGUUCCUCAGCCUUUACUUCGGCAACGGCAGCUUCCCCGUAGACUUUGCCUUCUUCGACGGCGUCGACAAUCCUCUCAAAGAUAACGGCAAAACUUACACCAACGUCUUCGACGCUAACUACGACACGGCAGUCGCGGCCUUGGCGCGUGAGGGCCACGGCAAGAUGACCGUUACGGUCGGGGAGAUCGGCUGGCCCACCGACGGAAACGAAUUCGCUAACGCUUCCUUUGCCUCCAGAUUCUAUAACGGUUUUACUAAACACAUGGCGUCCAAAAAAGGCACCCCGGCCCGGCCCGGGAGCGACAUUGAGGUUUACAUGUUCGGGCUUUUCGACGAGGAUCAGAAGAGUAUUCUCCCCGGGGACUUCGAGCGCCACUGGGGGAUCCUAGGCUACGACGGUCAACCCAAGUUUGACCUAGACCUUUCCGGCGGAAACGGAAAGGGGAAGAUUCUCACCGGCGUGCCGGAGAUUCAAUACCUCCCUAAGAAAUGGUGCUCGGUGAAAUCCGACGUGAAAUUCACCAAUCUCAAAGCCACAAUCGCCUACGCCUGCGACCGCGCGGAUUGCACGGCGACAAGUAACGGCUCGUCGUGCCACUCCCUCUCCGAGGCCGAAAAACUUUCCUACUAUUUCAACGCCUAUUUCCAGGCCCAAAACCAAGCUACUGGGAGCUGCAAUUUCGGCGGUUUAGCGGAAAUAACCACUAAGAACUUGUCUACCUCCUCCUGUAACUUCAACAUCGGCAUUAAAUUGCCGGAGGCGCCGCCGCCGUCGUCACCUGGCGAAGAUUCUCCGGCCGAUGGUUCUCCCGGCAAACCUAAGUCCGCAUCUUCUCGUUCCCUUUCCGGCUCCGGCUUGCUGCUAUGUACGGGAAUUUUCUUACUACUCCCAUUGUUCUUCUUGAUUAGAAUUGACUAA